GGGAGAGGCUGAGGAGCAGAGAGGGAGCAAGGGACUCACUGGGUGGACAAACAGGACUGACUGGAGAAGGCAAAGGGACAAGGGGCUUCUGGCCAGCGAGGAGCUGUUCUCACCAGGGAGGCAGCUGUGAGGGUGCCAUCCAGAAGGGUCUACAACCCACCUCACUGCAGAUCCCGAAUCAAGGCUGCCCCACGUGAAGGAGCCACCCCUAGGUCAUAAAGAUGGGGGAAAUGGAACAGAUGAAGCAGGAGGCUGAGCAGCUGAAGAAGCAGAUUGCGGAUGCCCGGAAAGCCUGUGCAGACACAACACUGGCUCAGAUUGUUUCUGGAGUGGAGGUUGUUGGCCGCAUCCAGAUGCGGACCCGAAGGACCCUGCGGGGGCACCUGGCCAAGAUCUAUGCCUUGCACUGGUCCACAGACUCCAAACUUAUGGUCAGUGCCUCACAAGAUGGGAAACUGAUUGUGUGGGACACAUACACAACUAACAAGGUUCAUGCCAUCCCUUUGCGUUCUUCCUGGGUCAUGACCUGUGCCUAUGCUCCCUCAGGGAAUUUUGUGGCCUGUGGGGGCCUUGACAACGUGUGCUCCAUCUACAGCCUCAAGUCUCGUGAAGGCAAUGUCAAAGUGAGCAGGGAGCUCUCAGCCCAUACAGGAUACCUCUCCUGCUGCCGAUUUCUUGAUGACAACAAUAUUGUGACUAGCUCUGGAGAUACCACAUGUGCACUCUGGGACAUUGAGACGGGGCAGCAGAAGACUGUGUUCUUGGGACACACCGGAGACUGUAUGAGCUUGGCUGUCUCCCCAGACUUCAAACUCUUUAUCUCUGGGGCUUGUGAUGCUACUGCCAAACUCUGGGAUGUGCGGGAGGGCUCCUGCCGUCAGACCUUCGGAGGACAUGAGUCUGAUAUCAAUGCCAUCUCUUUCUUCCCUAAUGGUGAAGCCAUCUGCACUGGCUCAGAUGAUGCCACCUGCCGUCUCUUUGACCUCCGGGCGGACCAGGAGCUCAUAGUGUACUCUCACGAGAGCAUCAUCUGUGGAAUCACAUCAGUUGCCCUUUCCCGCAGUGGGCGUCUCUUGCUUGCUGGGUACGAUGACUUCAACUGCAACAUCUGGGACUCCCUGAAAGCAGAGCGUGUGGGAAUACUUUCCGGCCACGAUAACAGAGUGAGCUGCCUGGGCGUGACAGCAGAUGGCAUGGCUGUUGCCACUGGCUCCUGGGACAGCUUCCUCAAGAUUUGGAACUGAGGAUGGCAGCAGAAAGGGGAAGAGCAGUGGAAGCAAGGCCCACAGCCCAAGCCCAUGCAAACAGCAUCGUCAGAUGAGCACAACAGAAACGCCUACUUACCACUCCCGCUUGUCUCUAGACACAGGUCACUUGUAGGAGUCUCCCAGAGCGAAAGGGAAAGCAGAGGUCAGGGAGGAGAAGCAGGGGGAGCUGGGGAACAGGAGCACACACGCUGGCCCUUCUCUCCACCUCUAAAUAGCCCCAGCAGUUUCCAGCCUUGUGCAGGCUUGAAGAGUUGCAAAACACUGUUCUUUAUGUCUCAGGACUUUACAGUACAAUUCAGACAACCUGCAUCUUCCUUCAAACACCUCUACCCACACUGACACACAUCCUCCUCCUUCAGAGGAUCCCUCAUCCAACACCUGCCCCCAACUAAGAUCUCUCCCUGAUUUAACUCUACCUAGCUUCUCUGUGCAGCUGUCCUAUAUCCCUGCAGACAGCCACGGAGAUGUACUGGGUUUGAAAUUUCUAUCACACCACCUCAAACAAAAAGCUAAUGUAAAUUUGGCUCAUUUCCAUUGGGGAAGACUUAGC